AUGGCUAGUGUCCAAGAGCCCCUUAUUCCGGAAAGCCAUGUGCUGCCUACAGAUGCUCCAGUUGAGCCUAUUUCAUCUAUAGAUGAAAAGUCCACUGCAAGCGCAACUGAGGCCGAUAUGAGCGAAUCAACCGCUACUUUGGUUGAAGCCGACUCUACACAACAAUCCAAUGAUUCAACCCAAUCGGAGGUCCCAAUGACCCCCGCCGAAAAGAAGAAGGCCAAGAAGGCAAAGAAGAAGCAGCAAAAGAAACAGGAGAGUAUUAGCUCCAUUGCUGUCGAACAAACUCCUGAGAUUCCAGCCGUGGAGGAAUCAGCACCAGUCGAAGCUUCCAAGGAGGCGGAACCCGCUGCUGAACCCGUUGCUGAACCAGUGGUUGAGGAACAGACCGCAAGUGAAUCGACGGAAGCAUCCAAGCCGGCUGAGAAGGUCGCCGAACCUAUCACAGAAGAAUCAAAGACUGAGGCCGUUCCGGAAACUAUCACAGAACCUGCCGUCGAAGAAUCCAAGGCCGUGGAAGAGGUGGCCGAGCCCACCACUGAAGCUGUCAUGGAAGAAAAGACCGCCGAGACCGUUCCUGAAACUGCUGCUGAGCCUGCCGUCGAGCAGCCCGCCGCCGAAACCGCCGUGGAAGAAUCCAAGGCUGCGGAGGAUAUCGUUGAGCCCACCAAGGAAGAGUCAAAGACCGCUGAGGCGGUUCCUGAAGCUGCUGUGGAAGAAAAGACCACCGAGGUCGUUCCUGAAAACACCGAAGCCGCGAAGGAAGAGACUCCCGCCGCUGAAACUGCCGAGGAAUCAAAGGUUGUGGAAGCUGUCCCUGAAACCGCCCAGGAGACGCCCGCUGUCGAAGAAUCUAAGACUGAGGUUGCUGAGCCCACCACUGAAGCUGCUGUGGAAGAAAAGGCCACCGAGGUCGUUCCUGAAACCACCGAAGCCGCGAAGGAAGAUGCUCCCGCUGCUGAAACUGCCGUGGAAGAAUCUAAGGCUGUUGAGGAGGUUGCUAAGCCCACCAAUGAGGCCUCCACGGAAGAAAAGACCGAGGCUGUCCCCGAGACGGUGGCCGACGAGACUCCUGUCGCUGAAUCUGCUGUGGAAGAAUCAAAGCCUGUUGAGGCUGUUCCUGAAAUCGCCCAAGAAACUCCCGCCGUCGAAGAACCUGACGCUGAGGUUGCUGAGCCAGCCACCGAGGAGAAGCCCGCCACCGAAGAAAAGGUUGUCGAGGCUGCCCCUGAGGCUGUCGCAGAGCCCGUCGAAGAAACUCCCGCCGUGGAAGAAUCUAAGACUGAGGAGGUUGUUGCCAAGCCUGCCACUGAAGAAAAGGUUGAAGCCGCUUCUGAAGCUCCCGUCGUGGAAGAAUCCAAGACCGAGGAAACUGUCCCUGAGAUCGCUCAGGAGACACCCGCCGUUGAGGAAUCGAAGCCUACCACAGAAGCUGCCACAGAAGAGAAGACCACCGAGGUCAUCCCCCAGACUGUCGCUGACGAGACUCCCGCCACGGAAGCUGUUGUGGAAGAAUCUAAGCCCGUCGAGGCUGCUCCUGAGCCUGUCGCCGAGACUCCUGCCGUGGAAGAAUCUAAGCCUGUUGAGGCUGUUCCUGAAAUCGCUCAGGAGACACCCGCCGCUGAGGAAUCCAAGACUGAGGAGAUUGCUGAGCCUAUCGCCGAGGAAAAGGCGGCCGAGGCCGCUCCCGAAGCUGUCGCAGAGGCUCCUGCCGUGGAGGAAUCUAAGACUGAGGCUGUUCCUGAAAUCGCUCAGGAGACACCCGCCGCUGAGGAAUCCAAGGCCGAGGAGGUUUCUGAGCCUAUCACCGAGGAAAAGGCGGUCGAGUCCGCUCCCGAAGCUGUCGCAGAGCCUGUCGCCGAGACUCCGGCCGUGGAAGAAUCCAAGGUUGAGGAGGUUGCUAAGCCUGCCGCUGAAGAAAAGGUUACCGAGGCCGUUUCUGAAACUCCCGCCGUGGAGGAAUCUAAGACUGAGGAGGUUGUUCCUGAGAUCGCUCAGGAGACACCCGCCGUUGAGGAAUCCAAGACUGAGGAGGUUGCUAAGCCUGCCGCUGAAGAAAAGGUUACCGAGGCCGUUUCUGAAACUCCCGCCGUGGAGGAAUCUAAGACUGAGGAGGCUGUUCCUGAAAUCGCCCAGGAGACACCCGCCGUUGAGGAAUCCAAGGCCGAGGAGGUUGCUGAGCCUACCGCCGAGGAAAAGGCGGUCGAGGCCGCUCCCGAAGCUGUUGCAGAGCCUGUCGCCGAGACUCCGGCCGUGGAAGAAUCUAAGGCUGAGGAGGUUGCUAAGCCUGCCGCUGAAGAAAAGGCCGUCGAGGCCGUUUCAGAAACUCCCGCUGCGGAAGAAUCUAAGGCCGCCGAGGUUGUUGAGCACACCACCGAGGAGAAGCCUGCCGUUGAAGCUGCCGUGGAAGAGUCCAAGCCCACCGAGGCUGUUCCUGAAAUCGUCCAGGAGACACCUGCGGUCGAGGAAUCCAAGGUUGAGGAGGCUGCUGAGCCUAUUGCUAAGGAAGAGCCUAUUACCGAAUCCGCCACGGAAGAGUCGAAGCCCGCCGAGGCCGUUGCCGAAACCGUCGCUGAACCGGUUGCCGAGGACGCUAAGACUGUCGAGGCUACUCCUGAGACCACCGCAGAGCCUGUCGUCGAAGAAACCCCCGCUGUGGAGGAAUCCAAGACCGUCGAGGCUGUUCCCGAAGCCGUCCAGGAGACCCCCACCACCGAAGCAGCUGUGGAAGAGUCUAAGCCUGCUGAGGAGCCAGUGACUGAGAAGACUGUCGAGGAACCAACUGUGGAGGCUGAGGCUGAGAACAGCGCUGACACCACCGCCGCCGUUCCAGAGAUUGCUACAGAGGCACCUGUUGAGGAGCCAACUGUCGAGGUUUCCGAGCCCAAGGAGGAAGUCGUCUCUGAGCCUACCAAGGAGGUUACCGAUGAGACUCCCGUUGAGCAGCCUGUCACUGAGGAAUUGACUGGUGAGUCAGUCAAGGAGGCUGAGGUUAUCGAGUCUGUUCCCGAGCAGACUGUCGAUGCUGCUAAGGAAUCUGCCGUCGAGGAGCCUACUGAGGCUGCUGCUGAGGCAAUUGAAGAGCCUGUCGCCGCUGUCGCCGAGGAGGCUACUACCGAGAAGGCCCAGGAGCCUACUGAGAUUGAGCCUGCCCAAGAGUCUACCGAAAAGGUUGUGUCAGAGGAACCAGUUGUGGAGGAGGCCGAAACCGCCAAGGGCGUGACCCCUGAGGAGUCCGCCAUUGUUACUGAGGCCGCUGAACCCGCUGCUGUUGAGACUGCUGAAGUCGCCGUUGAGCAGCCCGAAGCUACCAAGGCUGAGGAAGUGACCGAGCAGACCACCGAAGAGCCUGUCGCUGACAAGACUGUUGAGGAGCCCGUUGCUGAGACCUCUGCCCUAGAGCCGGUUGUCGAGGCCGCUCCCGUUGUUGAAGAGACUCCAGUUGAAGAGCCUGCUAAGGAACUUGCCGUCGAGGAGCCCAUCAAGACCGAGGCUCCUGUCGUUGCUGAUGUUACUGCAGACGAGGCCGAGAAGGUCGAGGAGAAGCAACCCGAGGCAGAAGCUGUUGCCGAGCCAGUUGUUGCUGAACAGACUGAGACUGCUGUCGCUGUUGAAGAGCCUGUUUCUCAAGCCACUGAGUCUGCUGCCGCUGAAGAGAAGGUCGUCGAUGAGCCAGUCACAGUCGCAGAGACUGUUGAAGUUGCUGCCACUCCUAGCCCUGCGGCCGAGGUCGAGGCUGCUACCGCCGAGCCCGCUGUCGAGGACAAGACCAUCGAUGAACCUGCUGCCGUUAUCGAAACCGCGGCCGAGUCCACUGCCGAACCUGUUUCCGAACAGACUCCUGAGGUGGCACACGUCGAAGAACCUACUACUGAGGCACCAACUACAGAGAAGGCUGAGGAUGUGAAGGAACCCGCCAAUGUGGAGCCCACCAUCCAAGCUACUGAGACUGUUGAGGCACCAGUUGUGGAGGAGAAGAUUGCCACAGAGCCUGUCAAGGUUGAAGAGCCCGUUGAAGCUGCUGCCCCCGCGGAGCAAAUCCCCGAGGCAGCUCCAGUGGAGGAAUCCUCUACCAAGGAGCUCGAGCCCGAGACAACCGUGGUUGAGGAAGUUGCCAUCGAGCAGCCCGCCGUCAUUGCUGAAGAGGUUGCUGCCGAAGCACCAGUUGUUGCUGAGGUUGUCGAAGAGCCCACCCAGGAGGAUGCCAAGGCCGAGGAGACCGCUGUUGCAACUGAGGAACCCUCGAAGGUCGAAGCCGUCGAGGCCGAGGUUGCCGCCAUUCCUGAGCCCAUUGCCAACGCAGAGGAGCCCGAGGUGGUGGUUGAGACAUCCGAUGUGAAGGAGACAAUCCAGCCCUCCACCACUGAUGUUGAAACUAAGCAAGAAGAGACCGCUGCUUCCGCCUCUGACGAAACGGCUACCAAGGAUACUGGCAUCAGUGCUGAAAUUCUUGGUGCUGGCGCUGCUGGCGUUGCCGCUGCCGCCCUUGCUGGUGCCGGCGUGGCCGCUCUUGCUCACAAGGACUCCGAGACUACAGCUGAGACCUCGAAGAACCAGAAGGAUAUCCAACCUACCGAUGCAGACAAGGAACCCGUUACUAAGGCUGAGACCCAGCCCCAGGUUUCCGCAACAGAUGCCCAGGCCGCAGACGGUAAGCCAACACCGUUCUAUCUUUCAUACCAGCAAUCUGCCAUAUCGUUCGAAACUGAUCCCGCUCUUGCAGCACUCGCUGGCGACCGCGAAGCCCUCCUCAGCAAGCUCAACCAACCGUCUACAGACCAACUGUCCACGGCUACCCAGCAGCCAACAGUCGAGAGUGCCGCCGAGUCCCAGCCUGCCGCCGAGGCCAGCAAGGGAACCACCGAACCCGCUGCGAAUGUGUCCGACGCCAAGCCUGCUGCCGACAGCACUCUUACCCCCAAGGAUAAUGAUGAAGAUGCUCGUCCAGCGAGCCAGAACCGGUCAGUGACUGCUGUUUCUCUAAAUGGUGCACCUGACAGCUGGCUCAAAGCAAUCUUGCGCACUGUCUUUGUCAAUUUCUUUGGAGCCAUCUUUUCACCUUUCCGUCGUGGAAAGUCUUCCUCCAAUUAG